AUGGGCCGCAUGCCCCUCUGUGGUGGAUGCCUCAUUCAUCCUCACUACGUCAUGACAGCUGCACACUGCCUUGAUGGCGUUGGGCAGCAGCCCGUUGUGAUGAUCGGAGCACACAAUGUCGACACCAACGUGCCAACUCCUGGAGUGCAGGUGGUGCCGGCCCAAGAUGUUAUCAAGCACCCGAGAUGGGACGGUGACGUGUUUUCUGGAUUCGAUAUUGGUUUGAUCCGUCUGGCAAGAGAUGUUCGGAAUGUGGUCACCCCUCGCCUGGCACGCCACAGCCCUGUUGCCAACACUCCUGUGUAUGCACUGGGGUGGGGCCAGCAAAGGGCAAUACCAGAAAACAGCACAGCGAACAACCUGCACAUGGCGACGAAGCUUCUGGUCGUUGAGAAGGAGUUCUGUCCACCAGCUGUAAAAGAACAUUUGAAGGCACAUCACAUCUGCGCUUAUCAUGCAAAUGAAAGCGUGUGCAAAGGCGAUUCUGGAGGGCCUCUUCUGGGUCCCGAUGGGGAUAAAGGAAGCCCUGGCACUGGCAGCGCUGAACUGGAUGUGAUAUACGGUGUGAUUUCCUUUGGUGAUUCAUGUGGGAGGGCAGCCAACCGAAUUGCAACGGCCUACAUCAAUGUGGCGUUUUUCAUCUCAUGGAUCGACAGUGUGUUGUCGGACAACUGCAGGCCUCAGGCAGAGAUGCAUGUUGAAGUUCUGGCAGCGGUGCUUAUGCUGUUUAUUGUGGCAGCUGUCAUUGGUUUUGCUGCCUACUUUCAGUCUACUAUAUGGGAUGUACAACAUUGUGGAGGCGAUGAAGAUUCUUGGAGGACAUUGAUCGCACUCAUGGAGCAAGGUGUGGCCCGCAUCCAGGAGAUUUCACAUUCGCAGGAACUGGAAAGACGCAGUUGUGAGCAGCUUUUGAGGGAAUUUCCAGCCACGCUUGUGAGAAGGUACACAAGAGGUGAAUGUAAGCCUUCUGAAAGCUUGCUGAAUCUCCGGAGACUCUACGAUGCGUUGACAGAGGUCAUAGUUGGGCUGAAGAUGAUACUUGAGAGGUUGGGGAUGCUGCAAGUUCGGUGGAAGGAUCAUGUUGAGGAAAAGCUGAAAAUGUUGAUGCGAACCAUGGAUUCUGAGAGGAAGAUGCUGCUGGACCACCACUGGGGAAUCUUUUGUCUGCCAAAGAGACCAAAGUAUGUGGUUGGCCAAGAAGAUGACAUACAUGUGGCGAAGGAGUAUCUGAUCGGCAGCCGCGCUGCAGUUGUGAGGGAGCGCAGCAGGGGAAUAGUUUGUGUUGUUGGAAUGGGGGGCUCCGGAAAGACAACACUGAUGCGAACGAUCCUGAACGAUAACUGGGUGCAGAAUGCGUUUUCUGGCAUAUCUAUGGUGUACGUCAACGAUGGUGCACAUGUACUGCAGUGCCAGCAGCAAAUCUGGCGUGCCCUGCUGGGUAGCCUUCCGUUUCCAGAAUCUGACGAUGCUGAAACAAUCGCCCAACAGCUGAGGGUGCGACUGAGCAGUAGGAAAGUUCUCAUUGUUUUGGACAAUGUGUGGGCUGCCUGUGACAUUGAGCACCUGACUGUCAUAGACCCUGAGAAUGGCAGCAUGAUCAUAGUGACAACAAGGGUGGCUGCUGUUGUGGUGGCACUGGGAGGUCACAAGCACGAUGUGGACGAGCUGAAUCAGCACAACUCUGUGAAGCUUUUCUGCCACCAUGCCUUCAAGUCAGAUGACCCGCCUCCACCAUAUUUGAGACAAGAGGUUGACAAAGUGGUGAAAGAGUGUCAUGGACACCCCUUGACAUUGGAAGUGGUGGGGUGUGGCAUCGCAUCGACUGCCGUGGACUCAGGUAGUGAAGCCAUGUGGAGGUCGAUAAUGACCACUGCCGCCAGAAGGCUAAGUAACUCAGAACUGUCAGGCGGCGAAGAGGCCCUGUACGAACGCUUGAAGCCGAGCUAUGACAAACUUAGCCGGAAGGAGCAGCACUGCUUUCUUCAUUUUGCGUCCGUUGCGGGGAACUACCAUCUGAUCCUGUCUGAUGUGAUCGAUGUCUGGUCGGCAGCGGGAAACAUGGACAGGUGCGAGGCAGAGCAGAUCUGGUGGAGGCUCGUAUCCCUUGCCCUGGUGAAACGUGAUCACAAGGGUGGGGUGGGUUACAGGCUGAGUGAGGAUGAGCUGGCACUGUCUUCAACAGGUUUUCAGGAUGUGGCGUCAGAGUCCUGCUACUUGCAUGAUGUUCUGCGCGGCUUGGCCAUGUAUAUAACAAAGCAGGGAGACAUGGAGACAAGGGAAAAGUGGUACGAUGCGGGACCAACACCUUUGAAGGAUGUGGUAGCGAACUGGCCCUCAGUAAUUCUGGGAAAGGAGUUGUCCUUCUCACACAAAAGGAUCGGGACAUGGUCCUGGGAUGUCCAGAUGCCCAACAUGAGGGUGGUCCUUCUGAGGGAUACAGCCUUGGCGGAUGUGCCCAAAUUAGUCCUGUCCAUGAGGCUGCUGCGAGUACUGGACUUGAGCUUCAGCUGCAUCUCGUCUUUGCCUGAAGACCUGACAGGCAUCAGCAAAUUGAAGGUGCUCCGUCUGGAUGUGUGCAAGCAGCUGACAUGCCUACCGGAAAACAUCGGGGUGCUUUCAGACCUUACCGUGCUGUCGCUGCGCUUUUGCGUAAACCUGUCAGAUUUUCCCGAGUCGCUGUGUGAGCUAGUGGAGCUGUCAUCCCUCUAUGCGCCUGGUUGCAGGUUUGAGAGUCUGCCAGCGUGUCUUGGCUGCCUCAGCAAGCUGCAGCGCUUGGACCUCAGCUCAUGUGGCAAGUUGAGGGAGCUGCCAUCCACCAUGGGGGGGCUAACUUCCCUGGAGAUGCUGAACCUGCUCGGGCUGACAGAGCUGAGGGAGCUGCCAACCACGCUGGGGAGCCUGAAGGCAUUAAAGAACCUGUUUCUGGGUGGCUGCUUGAAGCUUGGCAGCCUGCCGAAAUCUCUGACGGCCCUUGGCAAGCUCGAAAUUUUGGGGCUGGAAUACUGCAAGAAGAUCUCGUCAUUGCCAGAAAGGAUCGGCGUGCUGUCGAAGUUGAGGAAGCUGGAGCUCAACUGGUGCAGGGGUCUGAACAAGUUUCCAGCCUCCAUGGACCAACUGACGAAUCUGGAGGUCCUGGGUUUGGACUUAGUCCCAUACGCUGCGCGAAUGAGCUCAGCGAAUGUGUACCCUGCUCCUCAGCCCCUCCAUCGCCAAAACAACUCGUAUGGCUAUCCCCGACAAGGGAGACUGCCAAAGGAUCUGGUUGACAGGAUUGAGAGGAGAGAAACAAGGAUAAACGAUCAAGUGAACAGCCGUACCCUCUUGGUUCUCAGCAAGACUUUCAGUUGGACUCGUCUGCACCGCACGGUGUUUCAUGGCUCCAAAGUGCUCCGCAACAAAAUUGAUGAGAUCCAAAGAUUCAUCAACUGUGGGGACAAGGAAGGCAAAACACCAGGCCACUGGGCAGCGGAGUGGAAUAAGAAGAAAUCUCUAAAGCUCAUUCUGGAUAGAGGUGCAGAAAUCGACAGACAAGAUGAGAGUGGCAUGACUGCCCUUCAUCUAGCGGCUUAUGAAGGCAACAAGGAAUGUGUGAAGGCCCUGGUUGAGGCCAAAGCUACCCUGGAUAUCAAGGACAAGGAGAUGUGCACACCACUGUUGUACGCAUCGCAGAAUGGCCAUCUGGAGGUAGUUCGCCUUCUUGUGGACAGGGGUGCAUCGGUCAACAUGAAAGUGCGGGUGCGCCUUUGUGGUUUCCGAAACUUCUUGCAUCUCGUAGGUGCAGAUUCGCUUGUGAGCACCACUGUCAACAUCUGUCGAUUUGCUGCCAGCCAUGUGUGCUGGACCAGUCGAGCAUCUGAGAGAAACGGGGCUUUUGGUGCGUGCAUAGGUUUAGUUUUGCAAACAACAAACAGAAACCAGCACAGCAGAAAAAGAGGUCAGAUUUUCCACACGUUGUGA